AUGGCGAAGCAGCAAGGAGGACGCGUCCACACCACGUCCAUGGCGGCGCUCGCCACCGCCAUGGCCGUGGCGGUCCUCUUCCUGGCCGGGGCGCCGCGCACGGCGCAGGCGGCGGUGCUGGUGGCGUCGGCGGGGAUCGAGGAGGCGUGCCGGGGCGCGGCGAUCCGGGACGCGGGGGUGGACUACGCGCACUGCGUGGCCUCCCUCUCCUCCGACGCGGAGGCCCGGGACGCGGCGGACAUGCACGCACUGGCGGCGGCGGCGACGCGGAUGGCGGUGGAGCAUGCGGCGGCCACGGAGGCGCGGAUGGAGGGGCUGGGCGAGGCGGAGGGCAGCCCGCGCGCGCGCGCCAGGCUCGGCCGCUGCACGGAGCUCUACGGCGCCGCCGCCGACGUGCUGCGGGACGCGCUGGACAACAUCCGGGCGCGCGUGUACGGGCGCGCCGUGGAGCAGAUCGCGGCCGCGCUGGGCGCCGCCGAGCGGUGCGAGGACGCGUGGAAGGGCGAGGAGGAGGCGCGGGGAGGCCGCGGCGGCGUUGGCGGCGUCCCCGUCGCCGGGCACGACAAGGAGUACGGCCGCCUCGCCGUCGUCGCGCUCGGGAUCACCAGCGGCAUCGCCUGA